AUGACGAUCCCGAUUCAACAGCCGAAUGGCGAUGCUACCGUUGCAGGAGCGGCUGGGCCUUCGAAGGAUGCAGGCAAAGCUCCCACAUAUGUGAUUCCUCCCCGCAGGCUUGGUGCCCUGGAACAUCCCAUGAUCAUCAAGAACUUAGACAAGGGAAUGAAAACAUUUGGGCAGAAUAACUCAUUCCAAUCAAUCCUCGACUCAGCCAGCCCACAAAUCUCCGUUCCACUCUAUCUGCGCUACGACAAUCCCACAGUGAGGCCGUUGACAUCUCACAACGCCUUAACACAUAAUAUUGUCCUGAAGGUGACUGUUCCCAAACGUACGGGGAGGAAACGCAAGAGAGGAACCGAUGGUCCCUGGAUAGAAGACGAAGAUGCUCGAGCAUCUGUUAACGACCCGAAUGCUCCCCCUGAUCUCCUGUCAAGGGACCGACUGGAUGCCCCUCGUGUUCUUCGACGAAAGCUCCAGGACAAUGUUGGAAAAUACACGGUAGAGCCCAUUGGUGUUAUCAACAACACCCACCGGUAUAGAGGCUUCUCGGACUUCCAAUACGCAAUGGGAGAGUCGAAGUUCAUGAAGAAGUUCGUCGAAAAGGUACUACCAGGGGAUGUAAACAAAUUGAAGGAGUUCGCCCUCGAGCCGGGCAUCGAUACAGGCCCCAACAUCGACUUGAUACCACCUCCUUACUUCACUCCAAUGAGCUUGCCGUUCGGUUAUAAUUACUCCCAGAACCCGCAUACAAAAGAGAUCAUUCGUGGAGGCCCUUCUGAGGAGCCCGACGGCUUAUCAGAAGAUGAGGAGUACCGCCGUGUUGUCAACACUACCUCGCGAGUCCCCGCCGCAGGCUACUUCAUCGCGCACGACGAAUACCCUGUCCCGUCGGCCCCACGCCGCCAGCCCGACAUGUCCGACCCGCAGGUGGCAGCUAUCAUCAACGAGAUGCGCUUGGCGAUGGAGGAGCGGCCGAUUUGGACACGCCGCAGUAUGUGGAACCGCCUGGGGGCAAAGUUCGCCGAACUGCCCAAGAACGGCGGCUUGGUGCGUCACUGCCUGCAGUACGCCGGGUACCAGUUCAAGGGGGGUCCAUGGCGCGAUGCUCUAAUCAAAUACGGGGUAGACCCGCGUACUGACCCCAAGUACCGCAUCUACCAGACCCUCAUCUUCAAGCUUCACAAGACCCGUGUUGGCUCAGUCGGCCGGUCCUGGCAAGCUGUUAGACGCAAGGAGAUCGGCGUGUCUAACUUCGGCAAAGCUUGGGAAGAGCUGGGCAACGCCGUCGCUGCGGCCACGGGAAACCGGGACGGCGAUGAUGAUGACAACCCGGACAUGUUGCGGACUCACAUUUUCGACGGGCACUCGUUCAGCACAGACGGCAAGGUGUGGCAAGUCUGCGAUAUCACAGACCCGUUGCUGGCCAAGCUCUUCGCCGAGGCAGAAGUACGAACCGAGUGCGACGUCGAGAUGAGCGGCUGGUACCACCGCGUGCUGUGGUCCGUCGCAAAGGCUAUCAUGAAGUGCAAGAUGCUCGCCAUCCGCUUCGGGCGCACACUGACGGAUGACGACUUCAGCGCUGCCCUAGAGGUCAUCCACCACAAACCCAACGAUCAGGGCGAAGGGGGAACCGGUGAAGGAGGGGGCCGCAGCAUUGGAAUUAACUUGCCCGACCUGCAGCUCACGGCGCGCGAGUACGAGCAGCUUCGCGGCGGAAAGCUGCAGCCGCGGCCGGGAGCAAAGCGGUCCCUGGCCACGAUUGCCGCUGCUGAGGGCGUGACGGAUGGCGUGGUGGAGCGCCGGAAGAAGUCGCACUACCGCGUGCGCAUCCCGCUGAAGGAUUCUGAAGAGCGAGAAGCGGCCAAAAUGAUCCGGCUGCUGACCCAGGGGAGAAAGGUGGCCGAAACUCCGGCUAAUGAAAGAGGAGAGAAGACAGCUCCCUCAUCGUCUGAAGCAGCAUUCAGGUUGGAUGCAGAGAGGGUUGCCGCUCUUGGUGCUGCUCCUGCAACAACGACAGUUGGGCAUUCGGGGGAAGAACCUGGCACCCAAGCUAGGCUCGCGAAUGAGACUAAAGCAGCCCAACCUGAUGAAGACGAAGAAGAGGAAGAAUCUCAGCCUGCUGCUGGUUCGGCUGCGCUGCAACAACAACUUCUAGACGACCUUGACGAAGAAGGCAGUGGAGACGAGGACGAGGAAGACGAGGAAGAGCUUGAGGACAUUGAAGAAGAAGAAGAAGAAGAAGAAGAAGAAGGGGAAGAAGAAGGGGAAGAAGAUGAGGAUGAGGAUGAGCUUGAAGAAGAAGACGAAGAGGAAGACGAUAUGUCCAGCAAUCGCAGGCAACGUCCUGGUCGUACAGUCAUAGACGAUGUUGACGAAGAAGAGGACGAGGAAGAAGAUGAUGAUGAGGCUGAAGAGGAAGAGGACUACUCCGAAGACGAUGAGGGUGAAUUCCGGAGGCGCUUUGAGGAUGAUGAGGAAGAAGGCUAUGAUGAAGAUAACUCCGAAGAAGGUUUCCCCAGACCAUGGGAAGACGAGGAUGGGUUCGAUGAGGGGGAGUACUACGAUGAGUGA